AUGGCAGACUUCAUAGAUUCUGAAGCAGAAGAAAGUAGUGAGGAGGAAGAAUUAGAUCACAGGGAUCGUAAAAAAGCCCAGAAAGCCAAAGUUGUAGAUAGUUCAGAUGAAGAUGAUGAAGAUGAUGACGAAAGACUGAGAGAGGAAUUAAAGGAUUUGAUUGAUGAUAAUCCUAUUGAAGAAAGUGAUGCUGAGUCUGAUGCUUCAGGAAGGGAAAAACGUAAGAAAUCUGAUGACGAGGAUUUAGAUGAUCGACUGGAAGAUGAAGAUUAUGAUUUGCUUGAAGAAAAUUUGGGUGUUAAAGUUGAAAGAAGGAAAUUCAAGCGACUGCGGCGGUUUGAAGAUGAGGAGAGUGAAGGAGAAGAAGAACAUGAUCCCGAACAAGACAGGGAACAAAUUGCUAUGGAUAUAUUUUCAGAUGAUGAUAGAGAUGACCAACAAAAAAAGGACGAUGAAAGACGAUCGGAACGGAGUCACAGACCUGCCGUCGAACAAGACAAUUAUGGUGUAGGCGAAGAAGAAGAGGAAGGCGAGUACUCGGAUGCCGAUGACUUUAUAGUUGACGAUGACGGCAGACCCAUAGCCGAAAAGAAGAAGAAAAAGAAACCGAUAUUUACUGAUGCUGCUCUCCAAGAGGCUCAAGAAACCUUCGGUGUCGAUUUUGAUUAUGAUGAAUUUAGUAAAUACGAUGAAGAUGAUUAUGAAGAUGAAGAGGAGGAGGAUGACGAAUACGAGGAAGAUGAUGUGGAGAAAAGGAAACGGCCUAAAAAGACUUCAAAGAAAAAGCCGACGAAGAAAUCCAUUUUUGAAGUGUAUGAACCAAGUGAACUUAAAAGAGGUUUCUUUACCGAUCUCGAUAAUGAAAUCCGUAACACUGAUAUUCCCGAAAGAAUGCAACUUCGUGAUGUUCCGAUCACCGCCGUUCCUGACGACUCAACUGAACUUGAUGAUGAAGCAGAAUGGAUUUACAGGCAAGCAUUUUGCAACAGAACCGUUUCCAAUGUGGAUUCACAUUUAUCAUCAGAGGCAAGAGAGAAAUUGAAGAAGACUCCUCAUACCAUCGGAAAGAUCAGAAAAGCGUUAGAUUUUAUCAGAAAUCAACAAUUAGAAGUACCAUUUAUUGCUUUUUAUAGAAAGGAGUACGUUCAACCAGAACUUAAUAUUAACGAUUUGUGGAAAGUAUAUAAAUACGAUGCAAAGUGGUAUGCCCAUCUGAAAACACGGCAAAGGAAAAAACCUCUUAAAGCUUUUUGAAAAAAUGAUGUCGUAUCAAACUGACAACCGUAAUGAAAGAUCCAGAUGCACCAAUUCCAGACAACCUUCGUAUUAUGACUGAGUCCGACAUUGAGCGAUUGAAAAAUGUGCAGACCGCCGAAGAGUUGAAUGACGUUCACAAUCAUUUCAUUUUGUAUUACGCUGCAGAUUUGCCAGCCAUGCAUGCCGCGUGGAGAAUCAAAGAAAAAGAAAGGAGAAGACAGGAAAGAAAGGAGGCUAGACUUAAGCUAAUCGCUGAAAGUGAAGAAGGAGCUGAAAUUCCUGAAGAGCCUGAAGAAAUCGAUGAUGACGAACCUGAAACUGAAACCUUAAAAUACGCCAAUAGAUCAGGCAGCUAUGCACUGUGCAGUAAAGGAGGUUUGGGCCCGCUAGCGAAGAAAUUCGGUUUAACACCUGAACAAUUCGCCGAAAACCUGAGAGAUAAUUAUCAAAGGCACGAAGUAGAUCAAGAACAUAUAGAACCUGUAGAAGUAGCUAAAGAAUUCGUGUCGCCGAAAUUUUCUACAGUGGAAGAAGUGUUACAAGCUGCUAAACACAUGGUAGCUUUACAAAUAGCAAGGGAACCGUUAGUAAGGAAAUGUGUCAGAGAAAUUUUCUUUGAACGUGCUAGAUUAAGCGUUUAUCCAACCAAAAAGGGUGUGAAAGUUAUAGAUGAAGCUCAUAAUUGCUAUAGUAUGAAAUAUUUAAAAAAUAAACCAGUAAGAGAUCUUGCAGGCGACCAAUUUUUAAAAUUAUGUUUAGCCGAAGAGGAGAACCUACUUACUAUUACCAUCAAUGACCAUAUUCAGGGAAACACUACUAAUAAUUACAUCGAUGAAGUCAAACAAUUAUAUAUAAAGGAUGAAUUCAGCAAACACGUUCAGGACUGGAAUGCGCUGAGAAUGGAAUCGGUAGAAAGAGCUUUAACGAAAAGUGUCUUGCCGGAUUUAAGAUCUGAAUUAAAACGAACGUUGAUCACAGAGGCUAAAGAAUUCGUGUUGAAAGCUUGCUGUAGAAAAUUAUAUAAUUGGAUAAAGAUUGCUCCGUACGCAAUAAAAUUUCCCGAUGAAGACGAAGAUGACUGGGAUACAUCCAAAGGUGUCAGAAGUAUGGGUGUGGCAUACGUACCAGAGCAUACAGUAUCAGCUUUUACCUGUAUUUCAGCACCAGACGGAGAUAUAACUGAUUAUCUCAGAUUACCAAAUAUUCUAAAAAGAAAAAACAGCUUUCGAACUGAUGAAAAACUUAUGAAGGAAGCUGAUCUUCAAUCACUGAAAAAUUUCAUAUACCUCAAAAAGCCUCAUGUGAUAGCAGUAGGAGGUGAGUCCAGAGAAGCCUUAAUGAUCGCUGAUGAUAUCAGAGGAGUAAUAAAUGAACUGAUAGAAUCCGACCAAUUUCCACAGAUUAGGGUUGAAAUUAUUGAUAAUGAAUUAGCAAAAGUGUACGCAAAUUCCAUUAAGGGGACGACUGAUUUCAGAGAUUAUCCGGAGUUAUUGAGGCAAGCUAUUUCAUUAGCUCGAAGAAUGCAAGAUCCUUUGGUUGAAUUUUCGCAAUUAUGUAACAGCGAUGAGGAGAUUUUGAGUCUUAGGUUUCAUCCUUUACAGGAACAAGUCCAAAAAGAAGAACUACUAGAAGCUCUCUGUUUAGAAUUUGUCAACAGAACAAAUGAAGUAGGCGUAGAUAUAAACCUUGCCGUUCAGCAAAUUCAUAAAAGUAGUUUAGUUCAAUUUAUAUGCGGUCUAGGACCGCGUAAAGGUCAAGCGUUACUUAAAGUUCUGAAACAAACUAAUCAGAGGCUUGAAAACAGAACUCAAUUGGUUACAUUUUGUCAUAUGGGCCCGAAAGUUUUUAUUAAUUGUUCUGGAUUCAUAAAGAUCGAUACUAAUAGUUUAGGAGACAGUACUGAGGCAUAUGUUGAAAUAUUGGAUGGCUCUCGAGUUCAUCCUGAAACGUACGAAUGGGCACGGAAAAUGGCUGUGGAUGCUUUAGAAUAUGACGAUGACGAGGGAGCUAAUCCUGCGGGCGCUUUAGAGGAAAUUCUCGAGGCGCCAGAGAGGUUAAAAGAUCUUGACUUGGAUGCCUUUGCGGAGGAAUUGGAACGACAAGGAUUUGGAAACAAGAGUAUAACAUUGUACGACAUUAGAGCAGAACUGAACUCGCGAUAUAAAGAUUUGAGACAGCCUUUUCGUUCUGCAAAUCCUGAAGAACUAUUCGAUAUGCUUACUAAAGAAACCCCCGAAACAUUUUAUAUUGGAAAAAUGGUUACAUCUACCGUGUUUGGCAUUGCAAGGAAAAAACCAAAACCGGACCAGCUCGAUCAAGCUAACCCGGUCCGUAAUGACGAAACUGGUUUGUGGCAGUGCCCCUUCUGUUUGAAAAAUGAUUUUCCUGAAUUAUCCGAUGUAUGGAAUCAUUUUGAUGCAGGCGCAUGUCCUGGUCAAGCUACUGGAGUUAAACUAAGACUGGAUAAUGGUAUUUUAGGUUAUAUUUAUAUAAAAAAUAUAAGCGACAAACCAGUCGCUAAUCCUGAAGAAAGAGUAGGCAUAGGACAAUUAAUUCACUGUAGAAUAAUAAAAAUAGACGUAGAGAAGUUUAGUGUUGAUUGCACAUCGAAAUCUAGCGAUCUUGCAGAUAAAAAUCAUGAAUGGAGACCUCAGCGAGAUCCUCAUUAUGAUCAAGAACGUGAAGAUAAAGACAAUCGAACGGAAGCCGAGAAGAAGAAGGAGAAACAGCGUAUGACGUACAUUAAGAGGGUUAUUGUUCAUCCGGCUUUCCACAACAUAUCUUACGCCGAAGCCGAGAAAUGUAUGGUUAAUAUGGACCAGGGUGAAGUUAUCAUUAGGCCUUCGAGUAAGGGUGCGGAUCAUUUGACCAUUACUUGGAAAGUGACGGAUGGAAUCUAUCAACAUAUUGAUAUUAAGGAACAAGGAAAAGUUAACGCUUUUUCUUUAGGAAAAUCAUUAUGGAUUGGAAAUGAAGAAUUUGAAGAUCUUGAUGAAAUAAUAGCUAGACACGUUACACCAAUGGCAGCGCAUGCUAGAGAUUUAUUGUAUUUUAGAUAUUACAAAGAUUUCGCAGGUGGUCAUAAAGAUAAGGCUGAAGAAUAUCUUAAGGAUGAAAAAAAGAAAAAUGCUUCUAAAAUUCAUUAUGUAGUUAGUGCGGCUAAGAAUAUACCUGGUAAAUUUCUUCUUUCGUAUCUUCCACGAAACAAAGUUAGACACGAAUAUGUAACGGUUACUCCAGAAGGCUUCCGGUUUAGACAACAAAUGUUUGAUUCCGUUGGUUCGUUGUUUAAAUGGUUCAAAGAACAUUUCCGGGAGCCUCCGCCAGGUGGUGCAACGCCGGGUAGUACGCCAAGGUUGGCCUCAAGCCGAACUGGAUAUGGAACUGCCACACCUGCGUUUAGUAUGAAUAAUGAAGCUAUUCAAAGAGUUGCUCAAAAUUUGCCAAGUCAUGUAGUUCAAGCGUUAUCUGCUGCCACCAAUCAAACUCCACAUUAUCCCCACACUCCUGGUUACGGAGGCAAUUAUAUUAAUACGCCUUACACUCCAAGUGGUCAAACUCCAUACAUGACUCCGUACCAUACACCGCACACUCAGCAAACCCCCCGCUAUGGUCAUCAAACGCCCUCCCAACACAUGGCGAGCUCAGCACCACAAGGUCUCAACAAUCCCUUUUUACAUCCUGGCGCUGUAACGCCUUCUCAACGAACUCCUAGUUAUCGCAACCAUCCCGCACAAUCUCCAAUGCUUCCUACAAGUCCUGUACCGAGUCCAGGUUCCCAGAGUUCAUACAGUAGUCAUUUAAGUCAUAAUCAGCGAAGUUCAAGUUAUGCUGAGUCAUUGAGAUUCCAGCCACCCGAAUCACCGAGAAGCUCAGUAAGUAAUAGAAGCUUUCAUUCUGAUAGAUACGGCGGUGACAGGUAUGGUAAAGGAGGUCAUGGAGGAAGAUAUGGCGGAAGCUCAAAUGAAGAUAGAUAUGGAAAGGGAGGAAAUGAAAAUACGGAUUGGCAGAAAGCUGCAGAAGCGUGGGCUCGAUCUAGAUCUACUCCGCGAAGUGAUAGCCGCAAUACUCCAAGAUCUGUAGGUCAACGAACUCCUAGAUACGACAACGAUGCCGAACGUUCUAGAAUGAAACACCUCAGCAAGAGCCCGAGGUCUGUCAGGUCUACUCCUCGAACCAAUACAUCUCCACAUUCUAUGUCCUUAGGUGAUGCUACCCCUCUGUAUGACGAAAGUAUCUAA